CGGAGUGUGGUGAUGGAGAAGCUGAAGUCGAUGGUGCCCGACACUCUCAAGGCGGUGGUGGCUGCACGUUCAAGCAGCGCUGAUGACAUCCUCUCCUCCUCCUCUUCUCUUCUCCACUUCUUUCUUGCCCUGCCCGACUUUCACCUGAUGAUGAGAGACUUGGUGGAUCCUGAGAGGUGUGUCUGUAGUAAGAACAAGGAUGCUGCAUUGGAUGCAAAGCAAAAGGGCUAUCACUGCUUUUCCAGUGCAGACUUCUCCGGGGCCUUAACCUUCUAUUCCCAAGCGCUCAUCGUUGCUCCCUUUGAUGCUCGCGACAAGGACAAAAAUCUGGUCUCCGUUUUAUACUUGAAUCGCGCAGUCGUGUUAUAUAAACUUGGUUUUAUAACAGAGUGUCUUCGAGACUGUAACAGGGCACUUCAAAUUUCCCCAGGAUAUGCGAAGGCAUGGUAUUGGAGAGGUAAGACCAAUGCUUCUUCAGAAAAUUACAAAGAUGCAACUGCAGACUUUCAUGUAGCCCAUUUGAUGGAGACAUCAUUGGGUGGCAAGAGACAGAUUGAAUGUGAGAUGAAGAUACUUCAGGUCCAGUUCACCAGGACAUCUGGUUCAUCAACUCAACAUGAUGAGAACACCUUCAGGAUUUCAGAUGAUCCACUCGAGGUUAAAGUGAAGUCCAUUGUGAUGCCUCAUAAAGGUAGGGGGAUGGCUUCAGUUGGUGAAAUUCCUCCAUCUUAUUUGGUUCACAAUGAGGAACCUUAUGCUGCGGUCAUAUUGAAGAAUUGUCGAGACAGGUACUGUCACUAUUGCUUCAAUGAAUUACCAUUGGAUGUGGUACCCUGCUCUUUCUGUGCAAUACCACGGUACUGCUCUGAGCAUUGCCAGCUAAAAGCAGGAGGACAUCGAUCAAGACACAACAUAGAAGAUGUUGGCCUUCAUGUAGAAGUUCCUACAGAGAUUGAAAAUCAUAUCAGAGAGGUUACUUCUGAAACUGGGGAGGAGAAAAUUCUCGAGCACUUUCCAGAACACAGACAUGAAUGCCAGGAUGCAAACUGGCCAGCUGUAUUGCCGCAUGAGGUAGUUUUAGCUGGUCGAAUGGUAGUGAAGUCCCUGGUGCAAAGAAGAGACCUGGCGGAGAUAAAAGCUUUGGAUCUUUCUUAUAGAUACACUGAAUUGGCGGUGGAGGUUAAACUGGAACUGUGUAUAUACGCAAUUGUAUUACUUGUUUGUCUUCAACACUCUCUCAGCCUUGACCUUCCAGUAAAUCCUUAUUUUGUGUAUCAGAUUAUCAUCAUUAUGUGUCAAAUAAGGCUUAAUUCUAUGGCUAUCAUCCGGAUGAAAUCCAGCGAUCCCAAUGCUCCACAAGAUCCUAAUAGAAAAUUCUCAUCCGAUGAAGGUGCUUCAGCUACUACAAUAGAACAGGUCAGCGUUGGUCAAGCUAUUUACGCCGUUGGCAGUUUGUUCAACCAUUCUUGUCGUCCAAACAUUCAUGCAUAUUUUCUUGCUCGUACUCUCUACAUCCGAACAACGGAACUGGUGGAAGCAGGUUGUUCCCUGGAGUUGUCUUAUGGUCCACAGGUUGGGCAACAGAACUGUCGAGACCGCCUUAAAUUUCUGGAAGAGAAGUAUUAUUUUCAAUGUCAGUGCAGAAGCUGUUCUGUUGUGAAUCUCUCUGAUCUUGUUCUGAGUGCUUUUCAUUGUGUUCAUCCUCAUUGCUCUGGCAUAGUUUUGGAUACAUUUGACAUAAAAUCUGAAUAUGAAAAACUUAAGCAGUCAAGACAUGCUGGGGACUUUUAUAGCUUGGAGCCUUAUGUACAGGUAGAGAAGCUUGGUGGUCUCUAUGUUGGUGAAAUGGAUCACAAUGCCCUGGCGAAAAUUUAUAGCUCCCUUCGUGCAAGUGGAGGAUAUUGCUUGAAGUGUGGGUCCCGGUGUGACCUCGAAUCUUCUCGCCUGUUGGUGAGUGAAGCUUUGGGAAAUAUUGAAAGGUUGCAGCAUGGAAUAGUUAGAAAAGAACUGUCUAGUUCUUUACUUUCUGAUGCUUCAGAAUCUCUUGACCAGCUGAGAAGAAUGUUGCAUGCAUAUAACAAAAGCAUUGCAGAAGCAGAGGAUAGUGUUGCACAAGCAUUUUGCUUCAUUGGAGAGCUGCAGUGUGCGAUUGAGCACUGCAAAUCAUCAAUUCAGAUUCUGGAAAAGCUUUAUAGUCCUGAUCAUGCUGUCAUUGGAUAUGAGCUGGUGAAGCUCUUCUCCAUUCAGCUAUCAUUGGGUGAUGUUGCUGCUGGAGAGACCUUGAAUCGACUGGGUGUAAUCUUUGAGCAUCACUAUGGUUCGCAUGCAGAGGUUGUAUUUCCAUAUCUUAAAUCAUUCAAGAGGGAAGCAAGAAAAUUGUGUGAGGUGGAAGACUCUUGAAGGUGCCAAGUAUGGCAGUUCUCAACUCGAUUUGAAGGGUGACCAUGAACC